AUGCAGGAAGGAUUUUGGUAUCAUCAUGCUGAGGCAACAUAUUUGAUGCUUGUUUAUUGGAUUCCUCAUGAAAUUCCUCAUACUUUUCCUGCUUAUGCUUCUCAUCGUAUUGGUAUUGGUGCUUUCGUCCUCAACCAAGACGGACAGGUACUGGUAGUUAAAGAGAAAUCUGGAGAUAUGACUGGGACUUGGAAGCUUCCUACUGGUGUUGUUGAUGAGGGGGAGGAUAUAUGUAUGGCAGCCGUUAGAGAAGUGAAAGAAGAGACAGGAAUUGAGACAGAAUUUGUUGAACUCCUUGCCUUUAGACAAAGUCACAAAUCAUUCUUUGGAAAAUCUGAUUUGUUCUUCAUAUGCAUGCUGAAACCACUUAAUUUCACUAUCAACAAGCAAGAUGCUGAGAUUGAGGAAGCUAAGUGGAUGCCAAUGGAAGAAUAUGCAAGUAAAUCAAAGGUGAACCAAAGUGAACUCUCUAAAAUGAUAGCCAAUAUAUGUGUAGCCAAGAAAGAGGAACAGUACACUGGCUUCUCUGCUAUUCUUACUACUACUGGACAUUCUGCCAAGAAGUGCUAUUUAUACUCUAAUAACAUAUAGUAUAAGAUACUCAUAAUAAUUAAAAUUAUAUUUUAUGCAUAUGUUUGCAAUAAGAAUAAUGUUGUAAUAAGAUUUUUCCAUUUGGAAGAAUUAAAUUAUAGACUAAGAUUCUAGUUUGAAUAUCAUAUAUAAUGUUUUGGCAAUAUAUAAGCCAUAUUGAUAAUUGGUACUUGGAUAUGUUUGAAGUAAUUGAUGUAUGAUUUCCACU